CAUUUUCAUUUUCAUUUUCGGAAGGCGUUUUUACCUUUCCUCCGAGUAGCCGCUGCCGCCGCCGCUGACAGGGUAGAACCACCGCAUCCGCGAUGUUGUCGUGGAUCCUCCGUGGCUGCCGCGACGAGUGCUCCGCCACUGACCAGCUCAAGCAGGCUCGUGAUGUCUUUGUGGCAAAAGAGGCAGUCUUGCAAAAGAAGAUAUCACAAGAGAUGGAACGUGCCAAGUUGUUCACAAAAUCAGGAAACAAGCAAGCAGCAAUGCAGUGCUUGAAGAGGAAAAGGUACUACGAGAGCCAAAUGAACCAGGUUGGAAGUGUCCGGUUACGCAUUGAUACCAAGGAAAAGAUGAUCGCUGAUAACAUGGUGAACAAAUAAGACAAAGUGGAAGACAAGCUAUUUUCAAUCUGAGCAGCCACCUUAGGCCUCCUUUGGUUUGGACGA